AAACGGAGAGGAGCGGUUGGAUCAAAAAAAAAAAAACGGAGAGGAGCGGAGAGGUAACCCUAACCCCCAAAUCCUCGAGCGCCUCCUUCAAUCCCCAACACCCCCGGCCGAAAUCCUAAAAUCAAACCGCGUCCGGAUCGAUGGCCGGCCGCGCCUCGGUCGAUCCCCCCGGCGACGCCUCCCCGUGGCCGGCGUCGAUUCUCCUCGCCCAGGAGGCGUACGUCGCCGUCAGCAGGAACCACACCACGGCCACAGCCAAAUCGAGGGUCGACCAUACCGUGGAGGUCACCUUCUGGGUCGCCGACCCGCCGGCGGUGUCCUUCUACACGUUCCACUGCUCCAAGCCCCCCACCUCCGACUCCGACUGCGAGUCCGAGGACGCCGCCGACUUGCAAGUUCAGCCACACGUGGUCGGCGCGGAGGGCCGGUUCGUCCUCGUCCGCACUUACUUUGCUUCCGGCGACGGCGACUUUGAAUACUUCAUCUACAAGGGCGACCCCAGGUCCCCGUCCCUCGAGAGCGUGCCGCUUCCCGAUGAUGAUAGGCUGAGCGGAUGCGGAGGUACCGAGUUCGGAAUCGUGCCCCGCAGCGACGGCGAUCAUUAUCUCCUGAUAGCGCUCUGUUACGCGGCGACCUUGAAGGAUUACCGGCUUCAUAUCUACUCGUCCGAGGACAGAGCAUGGAGGACCAAGGAGCUGCUCAACCCAUGUCCUGGGGUCCGUACGAUUACACCGGACAAGGUGAUGCUGCUCCGAGAUGGCGUGCUGGUGUGGGUCAAUUUGCUGUGCGGCAUGCUGGUGUGUGACAUACUUCAAGAACGAGAACCCCUUCGCGCUCGCUUCAUCCCAUUGCCUGAGCCAUUGCCUAGAAACAGAGAACAAAUUUUGAAGCAGUUAAUCCCGGGAGCUGCCAUCAGGCGUUACCGGGAUGUCGCCUGUGUUGAUGGUCUGAUCAAGUUUAUUGAGAUGGAACACCGCGUCACUGUAACAGAGAUUGUAGAUGUUCCUCCUGAAAAGCCAUCUGACCCCAGGAACAAGACUGUGCUCUAUGAUUCUGACUUGAUCAUGCUCUACAAGCGCAAACAUGUGGACAACAAGCCCAAGACGCUGCGCACAAUGAAUGGUUGGAGUGCCAUGACAUGGACUAGGGAGAUUGAGUCUGACUGUUGGCUCAAGGGAGUCAUUGUUGAUGUUGAUGACAUUUUGGUCGAUGACUCGGCGUUUUCAGCCUUACUGUCUGGCCAAAGGAACGAAUCCGCUGGGAGCUUGACAUUCAAGAACAUGUACUCGGCUUGCCCCACCCUGAGCACAGAUGGUAAUGACAUACUGUACCUCAAGUCAUCAAGGAAAAUGAGUGAUUCAUAUCGAUGGGUGGUUACGGUUGACCUUAAGGAGAAAACACUGAUGAAAGUGGAAGCACCUGGGGCGCACCCUUUUGGAAAAUAUUCUCCUUCGUGCCAAAUAUUCCUUCCCUGUGCAUUGGUGAACCAUCUAAAAAUGACUCCAGGCAUUAAAGUCUCAGCAAUUCAGACAGCACAGACAAGCAGCUCUUCGAAUGAGCCAAAUAAUACAGCUGUCUGUGUCAGUGAGCCUGAUUCCUAUGAAUCUGAAAACAAACGUCCAAGGCUAUUGGCUGAGAAAGCCAACCAUGCACAAAAUUUAGCUCAGAGUACUGUAAGGAAUGUUCAUAGCUCACAAGCCUGUCCUGAUCAAAACAAUAUGCCUCCACAACGAUGCUUCUACAGGUGGGAGGGGCCUGGCUACGGUGGGUACUCAUCAUGCCCCCCUCAAAACAAUCCGCCGCUGCCACAAUGUUUCAACAAGUUCACUGGACCCUGCAACUCUAUGUAUGCACCGUCGACCCCUGCCCCUAACAUACAUAGCUAUGGCAACUAUCAGUCGCCGUGGCAGCAACCACUACUACCGGAGCACCAGAUGGCACCUAGCAGGGCAUUUGGACCUCAUGUGGCACCCCAUCCAUACUUCAACAACUGGCGUGGAGCCAGACACCAUGGGAAUUCACAGCAACACCCUGUCGGUAACUCAUAUUACUAUGGUGCGCACUCAGGCAGUGGCAACCAAGGAUUUGAUUACCGUCCGAUUUACUACGAUCACAGAUACUAACCACGUUUACUGACCCCCUCAGCUCCCCCCUAUUCAGUUGCAGCUUCCCAGUAAACACUUAUUGGUGUUUGGACCUCGUGCGGUAAGACAUUGAGGUAUGUUUCAAACUGAAAUUUAGAUGUGGUUGCACGGUUGGCCUUUAAGAAAAGGACGCCGCUAAGUGCCACACGUGUGGGCGUUAGGGAGACUGCCCACACAUUUUGUGUGGUGUAUAAGAGGAACAGCCCACACACCUAUGUGUGGUCAAAACAAGUAAUGCCCACACAUCUUCCUUUUCCCCUCCCGGUCCCUCUCACACGCGUGCGUGUGGGCGAAGUAGAUAACGCCCACACGUCCCAUAUGUCAGGCCUCGUACCUCCUGGUCCCGCACGCCACGCGUGACAGUCAUCGCGUGCCCACAGUUGCCAUGGUGCAGACCCUCGUCCAUAUUCGUUUAACUGCAGCUGCCAUGUCGCUGAACUACGGUUGCCAUGUCGGACAACUGCAGUUGCCAUGGUUGCUCAACUGCAGUUGCCAUGUAUGGUCUGGUCUACUGUAGUUGCCAUGAUUUCAAAAUUUUAGGAGUUGUCACAUACUAACACUAGGCAGUUGAGAGAGUUGCCAUGUGCUCACAAGCAUUCUAGGGCAGUUGCCAUGUAAAAAGGAAGAGUUGCCAUCUGCUUACGUGCAUGUUAGAGCAGUUGCCAUGUACCAUGCAAAAACACAUGCCAACUCGGUAAAGAGAGAGUUUCCAUCUGCUUACGUGCACACUAGACAGUUGUCGUGUACCCUGCAAAACACAUGGCAGCUCGGGUAAAAAGAGAGUUGUCACCUGCUUAUAAGCACACUAGGGCAGUUGCCAUGUGUGCUGCAAAACAUGUGGCAACUAGCAGCUUGGGUGUGGGAGAGGAGACGGGCGUGUGGGCGAGAUGACAAAUGCCCACACACUAGCCCUUGUGCGUGCGUGGAAAAGUGGCGUGUGGGCGAACUGUUGAAUGCCCACACACCAGCCCCUCCCGUAUGGUGAAACGGCCGUGUGGCUGACCGGGUGAACGCCCACACACCAGGCCAGUCCUACGUGGCACUAAAAAUAUGCCAAGAUCCGUGCGCUCACGAACGGACGCGGAUCCACACGUGUGGGCGAGAUGCAAACGCCCACACGUGUGGGCGUUAACAUUUCCGUAAGAAAAUUAUGUACGAAAAUAUUAGCCUCACAUAUUUAGAUACUGUAUAUCGAAACAUACAAGUAAAGCUGUCCUGUAUUAGUAUUCACGGGUGUGAAAUAUGAAAAAACAGCAACUGUUUUCCUGAAGUGAAUGGCGCUUAACCUCUUAAAGAGGUACUUUGAAAGAAGCGAAUGUUUGAUAAAGGUGUGGUAAGGGUCAGAGGGUGAUGGAGGGUGGCGGCUCGUUGAAGAUGGAAUAAGGUUUUCCCCGCCUAGCCCUCGCCCCGGUGGUGCAUGUAGCAUCGUCGGAGGGCAUGUGAAGGUGCGUCUCCGGUGUAUCUCGCCGGAUUCAGUCUGUAUUUUUCUUCGUUCGUCGAAGUUUGUGUGUUUACAUGUUGGAUCCUUCCAAUCUAAUCUUCUCUUCAUCGGUGAUGGUUACUGUUUUGUUGUGUCGGUCGUGUGGGGCCUUAGCACGACGACUUGACGAUUUUCCAACUGUAUACUACAAUGAAGUUUGCCUGGCUACGACGAGGGAGGGGCGACGGGGGAGGGGCGAUCACUGCGGCACACCAUCAGCUCGCCCCAGUGAUUGUAGUCGUCGUUGGAUAGAAGGUGUACGGGCUUGGAUGUAAUUUGUGCUACUUUUGGUGUUCUUUGUACUACCAUGACAGUUGAUGAAUAGAUUGAAAGUUCUUUUUUUUUUUCCGAAAAAGCCACCAUUGCAUUUGCAUGGUCGUUGUGGCCUUGAGGGUAUAUUACAUCCGGGA